AUGCCCCAAGAUUCCAAGACGAAGAUUCGACCUCAACAAUCUUGUUUGAAAUGUCGCGAGCGCAAGGUUAAGUGCGAUCGCUCAAUCCCUUGUCACGCAUGUAUCAUUCGUGGCCUAGAAGCAGAAUGUACAUACCUGACUACACCUGAAGACCGUGAACACAUUAGCCAAGCAGAGAUCAUCGACCGAUUACGCCGUGAAGUCGCACAGCUACGUACACAAUUAUCGCAUGGUCCCAAACCAAACCACAAACCUAAACCAUACCCUCAACGAGCAUCGAGCGCAGAUCGCAAUGCUAGUCGUAAUCGCGCUCCGUAUGCGCGACCGUCGGGAUACGAUCGGGGAACUUCCCAGGCGCCUGGAUUUAUCGGAGUGGAAUCGUCGGCGACAACCUGGUCAGGAUCGUCACCUGGGUCUACAGACACAAUGACAAAUUCUGCAAUGACGGUUAAUAGUCCUGAGAGUACGGGGAGUGGGAGUGGAAAGGGCAGUGGCUCUGUUUCGGCUUCUGUGUUUCCGGGAUCGACGGGUCCAUUUGGGAUGCAGAUGGGGGAUGCUACAACAGGGACAGCUGCAGCUUUCAUUGGAGCUAGUGAGUGGAUGCUUUAUUUCCUUUUCUUCUCUUGA